AUGACCAGCGCCUGCCGCCACCCCGCCGUGAUGCCUCCGCCCGAGGGCGACUCUCCUUUCUGGCAGCUGCUGGCGCUGCUGGCCAAAGAGCCCGACUUGGGCUGGCUGGACUGGGCGCUUCGCCAGCGAGGAGCCGGCACGAGCCGGGAAAUGGCGGAGGACGCGGCUGAGCCCGCCGAGGGGGCGACCCUGCGCAGCCGCAGUGAACCCCCGCUUGGCGCCACUUUCCCGCCGCCACAAGAGGACGAAGCGCCGCCUUCCGGAGGAGCCCCGCCAGGACAACGCAGCGCCGCCGUCGCCGAUUGCCCUCAUUGCAGAAGCCAAGCAAACUGCCAUUUUGGCCCUCGGCCUCUGGAAGCCCUGCGAUCGUUGGAACAUUCAGCCCACCCCCGGAUAUGGAAAAUGUACGGAGCUGCCCUGAGUCGCUUUGUGACCUUCCGAGAGGAAUCUGGGGGACACUCGACCUGGCCGAUUCCCAGGGACCAGAUCAGCGGCUUCUUGCUGGCUUCGGAUUUGCAGAACCGGUCUUCACCCAAGAUACUCGGGGACUUGGCAGCGCUUUCCUACCUCUCCCGGCUAUUUCAUUUUCCCGACCUCCUUCUGGACUUUGUUGCUUCUCGCAUGGCAGUUGCCUUCAACAGGCGGGGAGACAUUCAAAGGAGAGGCUGGACUCCGUUCUCUAAGGGCCUGGUACGCUGCCUGGUGAGAGUAGUGAACACCGUGUGCACCGGUUUCUACGAUUGUAUCCUGUUCCGGGCAGCAUUUAUCUUGGCAUUUUGUGCAGCCCUGAGGCCACAGGAGAUGGUGGCUGAAGAUGGAGCUUCUGUGGAUCCAGCUCUCCUGUGCCGGAGUGACUUUGUGCUCUCAGAGGACUCCAUUGACAUUGAAGUGCGGGCUUUAGGGGUUGGGCCAGAGCGACUUGUGUUGCACUUGGUUCGGUCCAGGGAGCCGUGUAUGUGUCCUGUGCUGGCACUUUCUAAUUAUUUGCAGGCAAGGCCGCGCAGAGAAGGACCUUUGUUUAUUUGCAGCAACGGGGAGCCCUUGACCAAGGCACAGUUCUUGGCAGUUCUUCAUGCUGCCCUGAGGCAUCUUGGUCUUCUCCCGCAGCAGUUUGGCCUGCAUUCUUUUUGGCUGGGGGCUGUCAUAACUGCAGUGAAGCGUGGAUUCCCAGAGGAACUGAUUCUGCGUUUGGCAAGGUGGCCAGAUAGAGGCAAUCCACAGUAAAUUCCAGAGACUUAAAUAAGUUUUUUUUGAUGACGUGCUUUUCUUUUUUUUUUGCCAGAUGAAUGCUUUUUUUGUACAAACAUUUUGGUUGAAUUAGCACUGACUUUCCUAUUUGAGACUUGUGGGAAUAUAGAGCAUGGAUUGGGAUUGGUCUGUUUUCGGCAAUGUUCCUUGCUUGUUUUUAAACUGGUUCCUUAUUGUCUCACCUUUUCUAUACGGUGAUUUUAAUGAUGCAACAGUGGACUAAUGAGUUUCCUCCUAGAGGAAGUAUUUAAUCAUGAAGAUUAAUUGAUUCUUGUAGAAAUUAAAAGCUGAUUAAGUCAAUUGGAUGAAAAUGAUCAGAGUUCUAAAUCUAUGCUAGAAGGCCUGUCAAUUCAGUCUGAUUCAAAGCUGAUGGUGGGAGAGGGGACGCUUUCUCCCAUAAUUGUUUUUCAGGUUUUUUUCUGCAUAUAUUAAAUGUAGAUAAUGUCAGUGUGUCUUUAUGUUUUGUAUGAGUAGGGUAGCAAUACCUGAUUAUUGCACUUGUUUAUUGAUUUUAUAUGCUCAACUUGUACUCAAUGCUCUUAAUAAACUUUUUUAAAAGAGA